AUGGACAACCGGCAGAACUUCAACAUGAGCAUCCGCAACGUCGUGAAUUCAACGACUACGCCCCAGUCGGGGCAAUCCGACUACCAUGGGAAUCCUGAACUUCGCACAACGGGCGCAUCGGGCGCCCAACACGCUUACCAUCCUUCCACUUCGGACUUCACUUUCCGGCCUACUGCUGGAUUCAAUGUGCCCCGCCACUUUGAGAGAGCCCAGUUUACCACCGGCGCGCCAGUUGACCACCCGGGGAUGACGUACGAGGGGACAAAUUACACCAUGGCCCCUCAACCCUUCGGGGUUAACAAUCGAACCUGUUUGCUCAAUAAGGGGUCACGUAUUGAUACCAUUCACUUCCAUCCCAAGUUGCCCUCUGCAAUAGGAAAACUCCGUUCAUCUGGAUAUUCGCUUGGGCUUGACCUAAGCUCCCUCGGCAUGGCUCCGUCUCGCAUUAAGCCACAGUCACCCCAGGAGGGCUCGGUGUGGUCUCAGCAACAACUGCCCACCCCCCCUCAUAAUCGCGGUGGACGACGCAACGUUCGCAUGGAGACCUCAUCCAGCAAUACGCCCACGGCUGAGCAGUCUUCUCCCAUGGUUGACAAUGCCAGCAUCGACGAAGACGAGCAGGAUUUAAAUCUUGAUUGGGUGACCAGAGCGGCCAGGUAUUUGGACCCCCGAACCGAGGAAGACCGCACAGAUCGUAUCGCCCUGGAGGCGGACCUUCGCCGUGGUGGUACCCGUUGCUACCACACAAGCAAAUGCAACACCAACGCACCACCCCGCAAGGCCGUUUCUCAGUUCUUUGGGCGCAACAAGAAGGCAACGAGACAAAUGCCUGAUCGUGUCUGGUGCAACUUGUGUCGCAAGCACUACCAGCGCGCUCGUUACCGUAAUUUGGCCGAAUACUCUCUUGACCAGUGCAAUCUCAUCAUUGGCACAAUCGUCCGUGCCCAGAUUUGGUCCGAUAUCAGCCAUUGGGAGAAUCCGAACCUGAAGGGAGGAACUCUGAACGGAUGGAAGCUUGUCCCCCGUAAGCGCGAGCAACAGCGUCAGGAAGAGGCCAGCAAGGCGCGUGAGAAGGCACGUCUUCAGAGAGACAAGAAGCGGUCGCGCGACGACUAUGAAGACGAACUCGAUGAACUCGACUUCCUCCCCACCUCUAGAGUCGCGCCUGCCCUGCUCAGACUCUGCGAUCGUGUGUACUCUUCAGUCCAAAUCAUCGACAUCAUCGAGGAGCAUUUCAAAGCCCCCCUUGAGGAGGCCCUCAACUCCGGCCACCCCUCACAUGGCCUCCCCGACGUCGAGAUUCUUCCCGAGUAUGAUGGUACCGAUGAGACCCUCGAGAAGGAGCGCAAGGAGAAGGCCAACAAGAAGAAGGCCAACACGGGAAAUGUGACCACCCCUGAGAAGCGCCGCAAGCAGGCCACCCCGGGCACCGACUCGGAUGACUCGAGCUAUCACUACCCGCAUCAGCAACGUGCUGCUUACGGCUACGACGACAGGCAGUACGCCGGAGCUCACAACAACCUCCCUUCUCCCAGCCCCAGCAGAUCCAACUGGCCGGCUCAUUACUCCCAGGGUCCCUCCUAUUCUUACUCAUCCGGUAGCGGCUACAACGACUAUAACGACAGAUCGUAUGCUGAGCGCCAGACCAGUGUCUCCUCUCCCAACUUUAACAGAACUGACUGGGCUCCCAGCUACCGUCAGGGCCCCUCCAGCUACUACCAAUCUGGCAAUUCGGUCAACAGCGGGCUCCAAAACAACACAUCCGCCACCUACAGCGGUACCACUCUUGCCCCUAUCGGUUCCAGUCGCGGUUAUGUCAACCCAAGCUAUACUGGUCUUACCGCCAGCUACAGUGCUCCCGGCGGCUUGGGUACCGGCGGCAGCGGCAGCAUGUCUACCUCUGGAUCUAGCUUGAACCCCAUGCUCCAGAACGAUAACUCCUUCUACCAGCCAGUUUCGCAGAGGAGAGAGACCAUUGCUGCUUACCGCCCUACCCAGCCUUCUUCGUACGAGCCCCGUCGCACUUUCUCCGAAGCAAACAACCAGUACGCCGGCGGUCCUUCCAUCACCGCUUCGCAUGCCGCUUCCAUUCUCACCAAUUUUCAGGACAAUACACGUCCCAAGUACGAAGGUGGAAGUGGCACGUCUGAGUCCAUGCAGGGAUCUGGAUACGCGGACUAUUCGUCGGGCAGUUAUCCCAACCGUUACUAA